AAAGAGGGUGUGUGUUAUAUGCUCCCGUGUUGUUUCAGCUAUGAUAAUUUCUAUCCGCCAUUGGGGUGCCUCAGCUAACACACCUCCCCGCUAUGUCAGCUGGUCGACCAACUGACCAAGGCCAAGUUAAAGAGAAUCAAUCUUUUGUUUAGCCACUCUCGUUCUUUUGACUCACAACGACUUAAACCCUAUCUCACCUCUCACACCAGUGGCCUAAAUCCAUGUGAGACCCUGUUUCCCCUCCAUUGUUUCAGAUGCCUCUCAUAGUUCAUUUCCGAAUGUUUUUUCACGCGACAAUUUUGGAAAACAAUCACUCUCAUCUCUAGUGUUAUUACAUUUCUAUACAAUCAACUAAGUUUUUUGUUCAUGGUCCCGGUUCAGUUACGGAGGCAUUCCUAUUACUGCUUUGAGACUGAAAGUCGGCUGUAAUAAUCUACUGACACAAACUUACCGCAUUUGAGGCUUGCUGAUCAUCUCCACAGCCCUAUUAUUGUGUUGUCUGUUAUCAUUUAGUAGGAUUGUUUUGUAAAAAUAAGAAAAUGAUAAUCUAGAUGCCCCAUUUGUGUAAUUGGCAACUGAUGCUACAAUUAACAUUAUUAUCAGACAUUUUGGCUGAAAUAUAUUGACCUGAUUUGGAUUCUGUCCUCCAUGAUCGCUUCUUUCAAUUUGAUUGGUCUGCUAUAUCUAAAUGCAGAGUUAUUAGGUUAAUAUUUUCACAUUCAAAAGACUUUUUGACAUCUUUACCUUGCAUUGCUUGGUUGUGUGAACUCCAAGAAGUUCAUUUUGCUGAAAGAUGGAGAGCUUGGCACACCUUGAAGCAUUGUGUGAGAGGCUUUACAACUCGCAAGAUUCUGCUGAACGAGCACACGCAGAGAACACUCUCAAAUGCUUCUCAAUAAGCAGUAGCUACAUCUCACAGUGCCAAUACAUUUUAGACAAUGCAUCAUCACCUUAUGCACUUAUUAUGGCUAGUUCAAGUCUGUUGAAGCAAGUGACAGAUUGCAACCUAUCUGUGCAGCUUCGGUUUGAUAUUCGAAACUAUACUAUAAACUACCUGGCCACAAGAGGACCUGAUUUGGAGUCUUUUGUAACUACAUCAUUAAUUCAACUUGUUUGCCGAGUUACAAAGUAUGGGUGGUUUGAAGAUGACAGUUUCAGAGAUGUGGUUAAGGAGUCAACAAACUUCUUGAAUCAGACACCAUUACAUUAUGCCAUUGGUUUGAAGAUACUGAAUCAACUGAUAUCUGAGAUGAAUCAGCCAAGUUCUGGGUUGCCACCAGCACAACAUCGUAGGGUGGCUUGCUCCUUUAGAGACGAAUUGCUUCUUCAAAUAUUUCAAAUAUCCCUUACUUCGUUGUCACAACUGAAGAAUGAGGCUGGCAGCAAGUUACAAGGACUGGCCAUUGCACUAUCGCUAAAGUGUUUAUCUUAUGAUUUCAUGGGGAUAACGGUUGAUGAAACAUCAGAAGAUCUUAGCAACAUUCAGAUACCAGCCGCGUGGAAACAAGUCAUUGAGGAUCCAUCAACUGUAAAAAUAUUCUUUGAUUACUAUGAAAUCAAUGAAUCUAACUUCUCAAAGGAGGUUUUGGAGUGUCUGGUCCGCCUUACUUCUAUUAGAAGAUCCCUCUUCACACAUGAUGCUGCUAGGAUGAAGUACUUGUCACUCUUGAUGACAGGAACUAGAGAUAUUCUGCAAACAGGCAGAGGGCUCACACACCAUGAUAAUUACCAUGAGUUUUGUCGUCUUCUUGGACGUUUUAAAGUAAACUACCAGAUCCAAGAGCUUGUACAUGCUGAAUGCUAUGGUGAUUGGAUACGUCUAGUGGCUGAAUUUACUAUGAAAUCUAUACAGUCAUGGCAGUGGGCCAGUCGCAGUGUUUACUACCUCCUUGGGCUCUGGUCUAGAUUGGUGUCAUCUCUACCAUAUUUGAAGGGAGACACUCCAAGCCUACUUAAUGAGUUUGUACCUGAGAUUGCAAAGUGUUAUAUCACAUCAAGAUUCAAUUGUUUUCAGGCUGGACUUCCUGAUCCCUCAGAGAAUCCCCUUGAUAAUGUGGAACUUUUACAGGAUCAGCUUGAGUGUCUUCCUUACCUUUGUAGAUUUCAGUAUGAGAGCUGUAGCUUAUAUAUUACACAGAUUACAGAUCCACUUAUACAGUUGUAUAUGGAAGCAAGUGAACUCCAAGUCAUUUCUGUGGUCGAAACUAAACUGGCUUGGAUAGUGCAUAUAGUUGCAGCUAUUAUUAAAACAAAGCAACUUAGUAAUUACAGUGGGGAAUCACACGAAAUUCAUGAUGCUGAGCUUUCAGCACGUGUUCUUCGGCUGAUAAACAUUGCCGAUAGUGGAUUACACACUCAGAGAUAUACUGAACCAAGCAAACAGCGGCUUGACAAGUCUAUUCUCAUCUUCUUUCAAAACUUUAAAAGUUCAUAUGUUGGAGAUCAAGCAAUUCAUUCUUCAAAGCAGUUAUAUGCUAAAUUGUCUGAACUUCUUGGGCUUCAUGAUCAUAUGCUGAUCUUGAAUUUCAUUGUGGGAAAGAUUGCGACCAAUCUUAAAUGCUACUUCGAGGGUGAUGAAGUUGUUGACCAGAGUUUAAAUCUCAUGCUGGAAAUGGCUUCGGGAUAUAUGACUGCAAAGCUUCUUUUGAAGUUGGAUACUACUCAGUUAAUUAUCUCUAAUCGUAAUAGGGAACAGUUCCCUUUUUUAAGGGAUCACGGGGGUUCUCGCUGCAGAACAACAUUUUAUUACAUUUUGGGUUUGUUGAUCUUCAUGGAAGAUAGCCUUAUGAAAUUUAAAGCAUCAAUGGAUCCACUUCUACAGGUUUUCCUGAGUUUGGAAUCAAUACCUGAUUCAUUAUUCCGCUCCGAUGAUGUGAAACAAGCUUUAAUUGGACUGAUGAGAGAUCUUAGAGGAAUUGCAAUGGCUACUAGUAGUCGAAGGACCUAUGCUUUCCUAUUUGAUUGGCUAUAUCCAGCGCAUAUGCCCCUUAUCUUGAAAGCCAUCACUGUAUGGGCUGAUGCUCCCGAGGUCACAACACCAAUACUCAAAUUUGUUGCUGAGUUUGUUCUGAACAAGUCCCAACGCCUAUGUUUUGAAACAUCAUCGGCCAAUGGAAUACUACUUUUCAGGGAAGUCAGCAAAUUGAUUGUUGUGUAUGGGUCGAGAUUGCUUUCUCUUCCCAGUCAGGUGGAUGUGUAUCAGUUCAAGUACAAGGGGAUAUGGAUUUCCCUUACUAUUCUUGUAAGAGCCCUUUGUGGUGACUAUGUCAACUUUGGAGUAUUUGAGAUAUAUGGGGACAGAGCACUUGCUGAUGCUUUAGAAACUGCUCUGAGGAUGGUUUUGUCUAUUCCGUUGACUGAUAUACUUGUAUACAGAAAGCUGGCAGCAGCCUACUUCACAUUUCUGGAGGCUCUUAUGAAAACACAGAUUUCGUUCAUUUUGAAUUUGGAUACAAACAACUUCAUUUUUAUUGUUGGAUCUCUGGAGUCCGGUCUUAAAGUACUGGAUGGAAAUAUCAAGACACAGUGUGCAUCUGCUGUGGACCAUUUGGCGACUUUCUAUUUUGAAUGCAUAACAUCUGGAGAGAUACCUUCAUCUCCAGUCACUCUCAAACUCGCUCAGCAUUUCUCAGAUUGCCCUAAUAUUUUUCUUGAAAUAUUGAAGACCCUCUUUGAGCUUGUAUUGUUUGAAGAUUGUGUCAACCAGUGGAGUCUAAGCCGACCAAUGCUGAGUUUAAUACUUAUAAGUGAUGAGAUGUUCUCUAAUUUGAGGGCUCAGGUUACGGCUUCACAACAAGUGGAUCAGCAGGAGCGCCUCUCCCUGUGCUUCGAUAAACUAAUGGCUGAUAUAACUCGAAGCUUGGAUUCUAAGAAUAGGGAGAAGUUCUCUAGCAAUAUAGCCAGAUUCCGUAAUGAAUUCCGGACCAGAUGAAUGACUUCAAUCCCAUACUCUGGUUGCCACAAUUUUUCCAUGAUGAUCUUAUCCCCCACCCCUCACCCUCUCCAACAAAGACACAUAUACAACAGGCAUAAAAAAGAAUCUGAACAAGAAAAGAGAAGUCAUCGAGCAAAUGUAGUAGGGAAAAAACACAUCCCCCAAAAGCUUUGUUCUUUUUAUCUGUGUUUCUUUUGCUGUGUCUUUGUAUGCCAAAUAUCUGUAGUUAUGGAUUGGGGAUUUUGUUGUAGUAUGCCCUUUCACUUUAAUCAACUUAUUUCAUGGAAUUUGAUGUGCCCAUUAUAUAUUAUGGUAACAAAAAGUGGUGGGAAGGUAGCAGUGCACACGGUCUAGUUUCGGACCAGAGCAGUUUCCAAUCAGGGUGAAACUCGAAUAGACCGGUUUGAUCCUUCUUGGAGGAACCAGAUCAGAGCCUAACCGGAAAAAUCAAUGCUAGGCCCCAAUUCUUAUUUUAGAAUGGAAUCAUGGAUCAAUCACCCCUUUGAUUUCGGUGAAAAUAGUGAUGGUCCUACUUUGGUUCAGAUCUGGGUCCGCUUGAUUGCUACUAUCCUAAUUGUUGAGUUGAUGCUUGCUUUGAUGGUGAUGUAUUUGCCACUUGGCCGGAGCUGCUUGUAAAACCCACUCAUAAAAGCUCUGAAAUAAUUGGGAAUGCAGAGUCAAAGGAGGGGAUUAGGUAAACGUUCACUGACGCAGACAUUAAAAGAGUCUACGGUCAACACCUCCCCCCACUUCACUUUCAUCAUACCUAUAAUUCUGUACAGGUGUUUGGACGGCAUUUCAUGAAUGGAUAGUUCAAACAAUGUCACAAACUAAAGCAAUGUCCACUAGUAUCGAGACAGAAGAAUAAUACGUAGUAAUAUACUAGUCUUUCAUUUUCUUUUUGUUGAAGUGCAUUACACAACUUUUUGUUCUGAAAAGUUCAACAAUUUUAUCAUUUCAUUCACGAGUUGUGCGUGGUGUAUACCCAGUUGCUAUGUUGUGGGAGCAACCCACAGUGAGC